AAUAUUUUUCUGGUACUGAUAGAAAAAAAGAUGUAGCAUAAAAUAAUUGGAAAUGGAAGAAGAAUUGGAUUAUUUAAUAAAUCAAUUCUGGAAUCAUGUCCAUCUUGGACAAUGGGAGCUUGCCUGUACGUUUUCACAUUUUAUAAAAGAUAUAUCUGAAAACCAUUAUGAAAACAUAUUGGUUGCUAUUGUUCUUGAGCCAGAAAAAUACAGCACUGGGUCUAAAACAAUUUCUACUCCUUUUCAUUUGUCAUGGCUUGCUGCAAAGGAACUUCAAAAAUACACAAAGAUUGAUGAAUCAAGGCUUCCUCCACAAAUAUUGAAGGAACUCGAAUUCAAGAUUCUUUUGCAUAAUAUUGAAGAAAGAACUUCUUUCAGUGUGUUGGAGGAACUUUCUGCAUAUCAUACACAGCUCUUGAAUCAUGCAUUAGGGUUGGCACAGAUCAGUGAAGUGGAGAUGUUUUCUUCAUCUGCAUGCGAAUUAAUUGGCGAAUUGAUUGCUGAAAAUCCUCUAAUUGCCCUAUCAUUGACUGAAAUGUUGACAGGGAAAUCAGACAUAUACAAACUAAACAAUCUAUGUUUGUGUCAGCUCUAUGUGAAUCAGAUAAGCAUCUGGAUGGACAAUGUAUCUUUUGACGAAUCUUCAAGUGUCAAUUUGGAUACCUUUUUUCAUGUGUUGUCUUGUGCAAAGAAAUAUUUAAACUCUGCUGAUUUAUCUUUGGUUGACCAUUUUAACAAAUUAACAAGGAAAUUAUUAAAAAAUAACGGAUCUUUGUUAUUAAAUUUAUAUACUUCUUUGUUGGAUUGGAAAGAUACAGGACUCAUAAUUGCAGUUGACCAUGUAGAGCUGAAUUAUAUUGUAGAGUCAUGCAUCAUCGGAAGAGACUUGGCUGAACACACCAUUAGAUUAGCUGAAAUUAUCUCUCAACUUUUCUGUUCUUCCCAAGAAAAAGACUGGCAGAAAUUGUUCAUUCUUUGCUACCAUUAUAAAAUCCAUAUUCUGCAGUGUAUUCUGGAUGGAUGUUUAUGUUUUAUUGAUCAAAAGGAGUACCAAAAAGCUGCUUCACUAAUAUCUUCUCCAUCUUUAAAAGCAUUGACACCAUUAGUUCUCUUGUUAGCAUGGAUGAAAUGUUCCGACUUCAAUGAAGCAACUUUACUAUUGAAAUAUUUACUUGACGAGGAUGAUCUUCCCGGAGUUCUUGGUACAGUUUGCAAGAAACUUAAAUACCAAACACAACUUAUUCAAUGGUGUAUGGAAAAAGCCAAAGCAAUAUUAGGUCCAGACUAUGAUACAAGUAUUCUGCUGAAUGUUUUGUUCAAACAACUAGAGUCAAGUUCAGUUUUGUCAGUUUUAAACAAAACAAAUCUGCUAAAAAUGUUAAAGAAUGAAGAAGUUGUUGAUAUACUUGAACAGCAGCUUGUACUAGAGGACAUUCCUCAAAAUAACAUCCAAUCUGGCAAUGAAGUAGAAAUUUUCAUAAGUUUCACUAUCCUGAAACGUUUUAUAAAUCUUGUGAUUGCUUCAAGAAAUGGAGUGUUGAUCGAACAUGAUGGAGUUAAGGUUCCAUUCACAAUUGAUCUUGUAAAAACAUACCUAACUGAACUGAAAAUUGACAUUAUUAAGAUUGAGCCAAUAACAUUGAGAUUAGAAGUCCUAGAAAACAUUUUUUCGUUAUUAUUUUUACAAGCAUCAAACUUUAAAGGCCAACACCAAGAAGAUAUUGAUUAUGAUAAUAUUGAAGAUAGAAGUAUGAACAGCAGCAUGUCAUAUAGUAUUAUGUCUCAAAGUCUGGAAUCAUUAAGUACACUUGGUGAUGAUCCUGGCGAUGGCAAAUCCUCUCCCUCUCUAACGAGAAAUACUGAAUCUGCACGAAAUGCUAAAGCAGCACUUUUUAGAACAUGGAAAAGUUUGGACAUGAGCUUCAAGAAAGUGGAUGGUAUAGAAACUUUGAUGCAGAAAAUGGAAGGGUCAUCAACAGGUACAAUAAAAGAGAUCUUGGAGGAGCAAUCAAACUUGCUAUGUACACAAUCUUCAUUCCUUGUCAAUACAGAGAUUUUAAGGGAAACCUUAUUAAUAUUAAGUGACUGCUUACUUCAAAUAACUGGCUGCCGUUUUGGAGAUGUUACUGUUACCUCACCUGACAAGCAUAGCUUGAAAUCGUCAAUACUUAAAUCAAGAAUUGAUAAUCACAUUUCACGACUCAGCCAAUACACCAGGGAAGCGCUAUGGAGGCUUGAACUUAUAGCAGGCUUUGAAACUAGCCCAAAAGAAGCUGUAGUUAAUGUUCCUAAAUUAUCCAUAACAGAACAAGGUGAUCAUGUCAUAAAUAAAAUGUUAGGAUCUUCUGAAACCCUUGUUUAUUUGACAAUGAAAAAAGGUGAUAUCAUCCAAGCAAAACAAGUUAUCAAGAUGUUCAACUUAACUGAACAUGAAUGUUGUAAGGAAGUGGACUUUGUUGAGCAGUUGGAUACAAUAUCUGAGAAACUGCUGAAAAUUUCCAAGCCUGAAAGAAAGGAACGGACUCACUCAACCCUGGAUUUUGUCAAAUCUGCUGCAUCUGCAGGGAAAAUUUCAGCAGAAGUUAAUCAAACUGCUGAGAUGGCAUUGCAGCACCCAUUUAUUGUUGAGCAAGACUCACAAUUAAUGGCAAUGGCUACAUGUGUGGAUUUUAUAUUUAUGUCUCCUUUGCCUUACAAUAUUUGCAAGACACUGGUUGAUUUAGCAAGUUUGAAAGUUGAACUUUGCCAAGAUUCAUCAUUAUAUAAGGUAUGUGCCCAAGUCUCCCCAAAGUUAAAAGAUAUCAAAGCAUUGAUCCAGUUGGCAACAAGUCGAGAUUUGAAAGUAUUCCAACUGUGUGGGCAGAAAAAGCCUACAGAUUUUUUAAGUCUUUCUGUAUUUACAAUAUCCAAAUUAUAUCCUGAUUUUCUUGAGUUUGAAGAAAGCAAGCUGCUGCAAGGUCAAAGUGCAUUCAUUGGACUUUCGGAUCGAAUAGGAGCCCUUCAGGGUAAAUACAAAGAACUUGUUGAUGAAGUUGAAGAAAGAGUUGCUGUGAGUCUGAAAGAAAGAGCUAGCAAUCUGUUUGCAAUAUUUAAUUCAGACACAUGUGCACAAAUAAAUGGUAUUAAUACGGCUCACGAUUAUUUUAAAGCUCUGUUUAAAUAUGUGAAAAGUCUAUCUUCCCUCCAACUUUAUUACAAGAACCGCAAUAAUGAUCAUGUAGAUAACAUACGACCACUUUCUACUUCAAAAGCUGCUAACCCAUUUUUAAUUUUUAAUGAAUCUAUUUCUACUAUAUUUGGAAGGCUAUUGUUUGAAUGGGGGAUGUCACCGAAGCGAUUAGAAUCAUUUGCUCACCAAAGUGGCAUUAAUCUUGUUAAAGUUGUAGCCGAAAACUGUGGCGUGUCAGCGCCGUCAACAUUGUGUAAAAUAGGAAUUCAGCAAAGAUUGUUACUUAAGGAGCAGUUAGUUAUGAAUAAGAAUGACGAAGAUUCAUCUACAGGUAUUGAGCCAGGAAAAUGCCCAAACUCUGUUGUGGAGGAAUUGCUGAACAGUGUUCUUGAUAUGAUCUCAGAAAAUGGUCAGUAUACACCUUCGCAACUCACUGCUUCAGAAGUAUGUCAAGUGUUGAAAGUAUCAACAGGAGAUUUGGAAAAAGUUGAUUUAAAUGUGUUGAAAACUGCAGCUGAAAAGACAUCAUUCUUUAUCAAUCUUUUUAAUUUGAUGUUUUUGCAUGGAUUGAUGUUAGUCCUGUCAGAAAAAUUUGAUGCAUCAUUCAACUUUAUCAAUACAGAUUUUUCUCUACUGUUGCAAAACUCAUUUGGUCGGCUUGUCUUACAUGAUCUACUUGUUUAUCAAGUUGGAGAUAUUGGUUGUCUUAGCGCUUUUGAACUUUAUCAAUAUGUGUUCCUUCGUGGUUCAAAAACACAGUUUUUUGACAUUAUGGAAGACCCACUAUGGCAUUUGUGGUUUCCAUCAUUGUACAAAUAUGCUGGAGAAUCCUUCUGUGACUACCGUUGUUUAUUUAUGUUAUCUCACGGUUCACUAGACUCACCCUUGGUUCAGGUUGUUUACCCAAACAAACUUGAGACAAUGUUGAAAUCAUGCACAAUGGAAUAUUUGGAUGUUCAUGUAGGUGUUGAUAAUGAAAAUAAAGAGGUCUUUCUUGCAGAAUUUGUUGUUCUUCUCAAGAAUCAUUUUUUACAGGCAAAAAAUACGUUAACUCAGGAGGAUAUAUCUUCAGAAAAAGAAGAAUUAUACCCACUACUAACUGUACUCUGUACAUUCGCUUCACCCAGCUUGAAAGCAAAACUAAAGCAUGCUGUAAAAGAAAAGUUUACUAUAACAAUAGAAAAACACGAUUGGAAUUUGCGUCAUGCGCAAUGCAAGAAAGUGCCCGAAAUCAAUAAAGAAAAUGCCAUGUUGACGUAUCCACAAUUUUCCCAAAUUUCGGAGCAAAUUUCCUUGUAUCUUAGUGAUACGAGUCCAUUAGUUGGGACUUUCAUUAAUUUAUGCUUAGCUAGGAACAAUUUAGUAAAGAGUGCAACAACUAUAUUUGAUAACAACAUUUUGCACAGUUCUUCAGAUAAAGAUAAUGCACUGAAUGUGUUUACAUCGAUUCAAAAAGGCCUGGAAAUAUUUACAAAACAAACUGCGCAUUAUAGCGUGCUAAAGAACUUUGUGUUUGAGAGUUCUUCCAUUGUUAUUAAUUUCUUGGAAAACGUUUCUACAUUUGAAUCACUUCUAGACUCCCACAACCUCAAGUUAAGCUAUGCUUCCAUAAGGAGUCUUCUGACACAUAAUUUUUUAUCGACAUUGUCCCCAAAGGACUGGUCUGAAAUCAUACCAACCUUAAUUCAUUGUUGUUUGUAUUCGCACACAUGUCAUAUCAUUCCACUACAGAACCUAGAACUUAUCACAUCGCUGCCACCAACUUUAUUCGAUUUGAUAUGCUGCCAUGGAAUAGCUGAAAUUAAGUCCACCUUACAAAUGAUGGAAGAGGAGGUCAACCAAUAUAGAAUUUCUGAAAGUAUGUCAGAUUUUCAAAACAAAUUAAAGAUUCUUCUUCUCUUGAUUAAAGAUAAGGAAAAGAAAUGUUACAUGCUUCUCAACAAUGUACAUCAUCUGGACUCUAAGAAUGCUAUUGAUUUACUUAAACUGUGUUUGGAGUUUUCUCUGGAUAGUACACUAGAAAAGACUUUAAAAUAUAAACUGCAUGAAAUCACGUGGUAUGAAAAUGUGUUUCUAGCCAGUAAGAUGUGUGGAAAAUGCGAUGCGUUUUUUAAUUGGCAAGAUGUCAAAUUACAAUGCACUGUUGAUCCUGAGCGUGUUGUGUCUUUUCUCAUCAGCAUUCACCAAUAUGACUUGCUUGACACAUGGUGUGAAGAUUUUGAUGUGUCAGAGGAUUUGCUUCAGAUUGCUGUUAAAUCAAAACUAGAAAAUGUCUUAAAAGAGCAUUCAACCGACUACCUACAAGUUCAAUCAAUCCUUGAAAAAAUCACAUCACGAGAGAUGUUGGUGACCAUAUGUUUGGAGCUGCUAAAAGAGCGAAGCUGUUACAGCAAUAAAUAUCUUUUCAUCAUAAAGUAUAUGACAAGUUCCUUAAUCGAUUUAAUUUCACCAAACGACAAAUGCAAUAUUUUGUUAAACAAAAUUGGAAUCCUAUCCAUUGAGAUAAUUCCAUCCGAGUUCAAAGACUCGUACAAGCACCUUCAACACAGUCCACUUUUAAUUCUGGAGCAGUUGUUGAUGAAUGUGAAAGUUACUGUAGCUGGUAAAGUGGUGAAGCUGAUUCACAAAGAAAGCAGUGAAAAUAACCUGCUUUCAUCGUUGUUAUCUGAAGCAGAUGACCUUAUUGCAAAAUAUGCAUCGUUGUCUAUUGAUUUGACUAUACUGCAAACAUCAAAUACCCCAGUGCAUACACCUUUACUCACACCGACACACACACCAACACUCUCGAGAAAAAUAUUUAACCGCUCAAUGCAUUCACCAACACAAGAACGAAUCACUUCGCCAGUAGAUGUCUUUGCAUCUGCUGUUGAGCAAGUUAAAACCGAAGAAGAAUUCAGGGAGAGGAAAGCGAGUUCGAUAUCUCACAGUAAAGAGAAAGAGGAAUUCGUUCCACCCUUAAGUCCUGUUGAUAAAAAAGACUGGGUAAAAGAUGAUCAAGUGUCUUCGUGCAUGAAAUGUCAUGAUUUAUUUAACAUGUUUAACCGAAGGCAUCAUUGUCGUCACUGUGGUCGUGUUGUUUGUGCGUCUUGCUCAAGAUUUUAUUGUUUUAUGGAACGUUAUGAUCGGAAAGAACGUACUUGCGGGCAGUGUUAUCAGUACAGCUAUCAAACAUCGUCUCUCAAAGACGUGGAUGUGAGCGAAGGACCUUCUAAGCAAUUAUCCAGCAGUCCACAGUGCAGUACUCGUAUCAUAAACAUGGACACACCUAGCCCCUUACCAAUUGGACUUGAUGAGCCAGAAUGGAUUUUAAGCACAGACAGCCAUAUAAAUGUGGCUGUGCGAGAAGAAUUUGCUUUCGAACAGGCACCGAGCGCUUCCCUGUGUUUGGGCGUUGUUGAUCUGUACAGCAACCAGAGAGCUGCAGGUGGUUUGUUGUUGAAAUUUUGCAACAAUUUAUCGCAGUAUUUACAGUUGCAUAACAAAGGCGACGAAGUUGACGUAAACAUGAUUGCAGGGAUGAUCGAGUUUAUUUUAAAUCAUGCAAAAAUCAAAUUUCUCAAAGCAAAUGAUUAUGGAGGAGUUGAACUAUGUGAUACGCAUUUGUCACGUGUUGAGAUUUUAAAAAUACUAAUUGAAGCUAAUUGGCAUCACAUUCCAACCAUGCAGGAGUUAACUCAAUUAGAAUGUCUGAGACGACUUCGAGAUCGGUUGAUCGAGAACGAACAUUUCUCUCUGGCCAUGGAAGUAUCGAGCAAAUGUGCGCUGGACGCAACACCGGUAAACUUCAUUAUGGGGAUAUCGAGACUAAAAUGUGGUGAUUUGGAGAAAGCGAGGGAGUAUUUUGCUCGAUGCUUAACUGUGAAUCGAGGCGAAGCAUCAAAAGGAUUUGGUCCGGUAAAUCAUUAUCUAGAGAGAAUUAUUGAAGUGAUUCAGAACUCGCCACUGAUUGCUUUAAAUCAUAUUUCAGUGGACGAUUCGUCAUUAUCACCCGUUACGUUCUUAUUGGAACACUAUAAGAAUACGUCAGGGGAGUGUUGUCUUGAUAAACGAAGAUACGAAGAGAUCAUGUUUUAUCUUUCCACAUAUGGAACUCGUGCACAAGUUAUUAUGUUCUUUACGAGAAAUCGUUUACUAAAAAAAGCUGUGCUCUAUAUCAGAGAAAAGAAAUGUUCGCAUGAUCUUUUUAUAUCGAAGCUACUUCUACCAUGUUUUCAAGAUGGUUGCUUCGAUCAACUUUGCGAGGAGAUCAAAGUAAAUGAUCCAGCGUUGAAAUUCUGGGGAGCGUAUUUCACAGAAGGAUGUAAAUAUUUCAGUAAACAUACUUCUUAUCAUUGCUUGUAUGAGUUGCAGCUUUUUAUCAAGGAUUUCUUUCGUGGAGCGUUAACAUGCGUUCGUUUUUAUUUGGGCACAGCAUCAGGUCCACCGAGCUCGUACACAGAUUUGUAUGGCAGAUUAUCCUAUCUUCACCUGGCUAACAAACAUUUAGAUCAUUUGGUUAAAGAGAGAAGCAAUCGCUCAUCUUUUGUCAGCCAUGUUGGUUCCUCUUUUAUGGGCGACGAUAAAAAUUUAAGUAAUCAGGAAAUCCCAACCAGUGAAUUAAAGAGACAUUUGAGUACAGUGAAUUUACAAAUUGACGUCACAAAGUUUUUAUGCGACGUGACGACGGUUGAUAAUUCACACGGCGAUAAAAAGAUACCCACCUUGUUUGGUAACGGCAAAGAAAGAGCUGAUCUAGCCAUUAAGUUAUUGGUGUGGUCUGGGGGAGACUCACUCGCCUUAACCUCAAGGAUUAUACAGGAAUUUAAACUGCCCUCGCCCUCCAUAUUUGGACGUGCUUUGAAAAGCCUAGCUCGAUCAUGUAAAUAUGCUGAAGUGACUUCAAUCUUGAGAAACGUCGAACAAAAUGGUAUGAUAGUUGCGAAGGAGAAGGAUGAAAUUCUACAACAAGUUAUCAAAGUCGUCACUCAAUUUGGACAGAUGAAAGAUGCAAAUCAGUUUAUUAAACAAAUCAAAGCAGAUCUAGUUAAGAUAAACUCCCUCAUUAUGUGUGGUCGUUUGAAAGAUGCAUACUUAGAAGCUGUAAAAAGUAAACGUGCGACGGAGAUCCAGCGAAUUCUGGACGAGGCGCGAAAAUCAUCUAGCCAAAGAAACAUGAUCGACAUAUGCGAGAGGUGGUUAAAAAACCACCAGGAAAAUCAAUUGAGAACAGAAAAAGCAUUAUCAAAGAGCUGAAAUUUAUUUUAUAAUAUCUUGUUUUGAAAAGAGUAAUUUUUCUUGAAAAAAUUUCAAAAAUUAGAUAACGAGGAACAGCUGAAAAAUUUGUUGUUUCAAACGAGGCUAAGCAAAAAUGGUAGCUGAAUGAAAAAAAUGAGAAGAAAUAUCAAAGAUUGCUACCAAGUACAUUAAAAUAUGGAGUCGUCUUUAUUUUCAUAUCUGUUUCAAAAUCGAAAAGUUUGCAAGAGGUCUGUUACUUCUUUCCAAUAAAGUAUUUUCAUAUAUAAAAUUUCUUCUUUUUUUUUCUUACAGUAGUUUUUAUAAAUAUUGCAUUUUGAUAUAAAUAUAAGUUUUCAUAGUUGUAUAGUUUUUAACAGACGAUUGUAAUUAUACUUUUUGUAAUAUUAUUCUUAAAUA